CCGAAAGAUGCAUGGUGGUAAUAACGUCUUCUCCAAGUUGUUUCCUCGAUACAGACCGAGCCAACCUAGAGCUUCUACUUUUGCUAAAGGGAGACUCCUUUCCUUUGUCGAUCGUCGCUCAUUCUAAACCGUUUCCGUUGGACCGUUAGCGUCGUCCAAGAUGCACGAAUGCUUUCUACACGAUUCUUUAAAAAUACCUCCUAGUACCUCCCUUUCGUAACUCUCGUCGUUUCUGUUUCUUCGUCCGACGUUGCAUAAAUUUUCGAAUUGCAAAAAAUUUGUUACUCGAUCGUAAUUUUAUUCAUCAUAUGUACCCAUGCAUGUAGACAAAAGUAUAACUAUUUAAGUGAUAUUUAUUACAAGAUUUGUCCGAAUCUUCCCAUAGUCUCAUUAUAGCUCACGAUAGAAACGCGAUGGUAUGGAUCGACUAAACGUUCUCGAGAACGUGCAACGUUUCUAUUCAGUGUUCAAGGUCGAUUACACAUUACCCUCCGUAGUUUCACGACCCACCCAGUGACGUGGGUCGGGUCGAGUUGAUCGCAGACGUCUACUCUCGUUAACGAGACUACUGAUCGUACCUCGUAAUUCCCCGACGAUCAUUUCCGUCAUUUUAAAUUUCGUCUCGUUCGUACGGUGUCUUCUCAAAUCGAUUUCGCCGAUUUGCGUAGAUCUCUCGUGCUAAUUGCUUCAUAAGGACUAUACUUCGGACAGAUGGUACGUAAUAAAGAUACAAUUUCUAUUACCCGAUCGAUUUUAUUAGAAACUCCUUUCCAGGGAAUAACUACGACCGACUAUUACCUCGUCACACAUACGAUUUCUAUUAUUUAAAAUUCUUUGGAAUUUGCCGACCUUGAUGAUAUUUACUGUAACCGCUAUUGGCUUUACCUAUACGUAAUUUGAUAUCGCGUUUGUAAACAAAGGAAAGAGAUUCUCGGAAGCGAAGGUGAUUAAGAGGGGAAGACGAAAGGUCGCGUACGCCGUAGAGAUUAGUUACAAAUCAUUCGUGUCUCGAAAGCCGACUCGUCGUUGUCAGCGGUUGUUUAAUAUUACUAUUCGAUCUGUUAAACUAGUUACGACUGCGUCAUUUUCGACGAUAGAGCAACACGCUCUUUUAUUCGUCCAAGAGUCGACUUAAAAUACGCAUAUUUGGAUAGUCGAUAACACAUUUGAAUAUGAUUAAACUGUAUUUCAAUAUUGUCCCAAAGCGAACACGACAGACUUUAAGUCUGUCUCAUUGGACUUUAGAAUUUCGUAGUACAACACAAUUUUCAAGAUAAUUCUUAACGGUUAUUGAUUUUUUUGUUGGUGUUUUUCCCCUCUCCCCUCUGUUUAUUCUUUUUAAAAGCCGUGUAAUCAAAAUUUGAUGCACCGAAAUAUUUCGUUGGAAAUGUCGCGUGAAUUUCGUUGCGCCGAGAUUUACUAUGUAAUUUUCAUCGGCAUUAAAAAUGAAUUUAUUUGUUUAUUCACAUCGUGCUUUCUGGCGGUACAUUGAGGUGAGCGCGCAAAUGUAACAGUUCGUUGAAUUUGUAGGUGGAUAUUACCGAGCGUUUUGAAAAAGAACGAACGAAAGAUACACUAUAUAUAGAUAUAUUAUAAUUGCAACGAAAAUGCGUUUGAUUUGAGUAGCAAUAUCGUUUGGACGAACGAAAAGUCUUCCUUUACUCGAAGGUCACGAUUUCCUUUUUAUUUUCUUCUUUUCUGCUUGUUGUCCACGCUUAUCGAUCGACGUACGGCGAACUCGAACGAAAAAUUGUUUUUAUUUUGGUGAAAAGCGAUAACGAAGCUCGUUACGAUAUCGCCCCUUCCUUUUCUUUCUCAAUUUAUUUUUCUUUCACGAAGGAGAAAGAAGAAGGAGGGAGAAAAAGGUGAGCAACGUCGGGUCGUCGUGGUCUAACUCAAGGUCGAGAUCCAAUGGCUUUCAACGUUGACGUCGGUAUCCGCGAACUUUGCCAGAUACGCGAGCCCCCGUCAUUUCCAGACGAUCGCUUUCCUCUUUCUUUGACCUUUGACCACGACGCUUGAAGAAAACUUGACAGCUCUUCUUUAGAUUCCCCCGUGUCGCUGAAAACGCAAAGACCGAAAAGUCCUCUUAUCCCUUUUAAUCCUUUGCCGUAAAAUGUCUUUGAUACGUCACGCGCGCUACAUCAUACAUCGACGUUCAACAUCCACGUAUACUGCAUAGCAAAGUAAAAUGAAAUUAGUAGGUACAGAAAAAAUUACAUUUUCAAUUGUACUUUAAGAAGACGUAAUCUCGCGUCUAAUCGUCGACAUCGUAUAAAAUACCUACACAAUCGAUUUUCUCGGAUUGUCAGAUGCGACAACAAUCCGGAGAAUCGAUGGAUCUAUAAGAAAGUAUAGCGAGUCAAAUUUUGCGAGAAUAGUCGCAAACAGGAAGGGGAUACUUUUGGAAAGGAACAACGAGAGGAAGGAGAGAGAACAUCAUCGAUAAAAAGAAAAAAAAAAGAAAGAAAGAAAGAUUGAAGGAGCAAGACAGAAGAAGGAAAGAGAGUCGAUCUCCGGAACGACGAUGGUAGAGGAUGAGAUAGAGGAGCGGAGUCAGGAGUAGCAAUAGCAGCAGCAGCAGCAGCAGCAGCAGCAGCAGCAGCAGCAGCAGCAGCAGCAGCAGCAGCAGCAGUAGCAGCAGCAACAACACCGGCAGUAGCAGCAGUGGCAGCAGCAGUGCCCGGGCAUCAGGGCACGGGCUUUCGUUGGCGCUUGCGCCGCGAGAGAGACGUUUUCCCCGUGCGACGGCUUGUACCUGCAGGAGAGGAAGAAGAAGGGUGCGAGGUGGAAAGAAAGAGCGAGAGGGGGGAGAGAGAGAGAGAGUGAGAGAGAGAAGGAAGGGGAUACCCGUACGGAGUUUAUCGGCGUCGAGCAACGGAGGGUGGUCCUCGCAUAGGUAGAGAGAAGGAGGAUGAUGAUAGUAGUAGUAGUAGUAGGUAGGUAGGUAGGUAGGUAGGUAGGUAGGUAGGUAGGUAGGCUGGCUGGCUGGCUGGCUGGCUAGCUGGAGUAGGAGAGAUCGACGGCGGUUGGCGGUAGUGGUGGUGGUGGUGGUGGCGGUGCUCCGAGGAGUCGGAGGUGGAGGAUUGCCGAGCGUACUCAGUACUCCGAGGCUUUUGAAGAGCAGGCAGGCAGCAGUCUACGGCCCGGGACAGAGGGACCAGGACCGGCCUCGAGAGAAGGAGGAGGUGGUGCGCGGUGGUGGUGGUGGCGGAGAGGAGAGGAGAGGAGAGGAGGAGGAGGUGGAGGCCGAGAAUUUCUCUCUCAUCGUCGUCGUCGUCGUCGUCGUCCUGCGAGAUCUAAAACCUAUAACGAACUAUUCUGCUCGUUCUCGUAUAUUUAUUCGCGCGAGAUAGAACCAAACCGGACGAUUUUUCUCUCUCUCGUACAAACAAGAGAAAGAGAGAGAGAGAGAGAGAGAGAGGAAUAGCGUGUUUUUGAUAAUCGUGUGCUCGUGACCUUGGGUUAGAGUUGACUCGCUUCGGUCUAGCGUUUCGCGUGGUUAUCACGUUGCCUCGUGUCAUCGGUCGCUUCCUUUCCGUAAACUCGUCGAUUGCCUCUCGCCGAGAAUAAAAGAAGAUAGAGGCAAGGAUAGAGGCGCCUGAGGCAAAAAGCAAAAGCGAAAGAAGCGGGAAGCUUUAGGCGGCAAGCGCGGUGAGGUUAACCGCGUACUUCCUCGUGGAGGUAGUCGAAGACAAGCGGCGAAGGAGAUGUGCGGAGUCGUUUGGCCGGGAGCUGCACGGAGCACGUGCCACGCACGCAGAAGGCGCUCCAGGCGACAUCAGGUGCGCUAAUCCGGGACGCAAGAGGGGAAGUAAGAGAGAGAACGUUCAAUCUGUCGUCUCCUUCCCAAUUCCUCUUUCUUCCUUUCUUUCUCUCUCUCUCUCCUCCUCCUCUUCCUCCUCCUCCUCCUCCUCCUCCUCCUCCUUCCCCUCCCUCUCCUUCCUCCUUCUUCCUUUCUUUUCCAUAUCCGCGCGAAUCUCAAUUUUUCGAUCGUACGAUCCUUCUUCUCCCUCCAAUUCGUCGAUCGGUGAAUCGUUCUCGAGUGUCUCGAGUGUGAACUCAGGAAUGAGUGGGCAAACUUGUCGUUCUGUUGGUGCUCGUAACGUCGAGGAGGAAGCAAGAGGUGACAGGACAGUCCAGAUGAUCCUUGUGCUCGCGGCUAUCGUCACAUUCCUCGGCGUCGAUGGCAUUGGACACGCCGUCGUUGCCGCUUAUCCUGCCGUUGGGCACGUCUCUACCGGCAAAACGGCAUUUCAUCAAGAAUCGUUAAGCCCAAAUAUCGGGCCAAUCAUCGUCGCUCCCGUUGGAAAUCAAACCGCUGCGGUCGGUCGAGAAGUAGUUUUCUCCUGCAGCGUUCGAAACAUCGGAAAGUUCAAGGUCGCAUGGCUGCGAGCCUCCGACCAGACGGUUCUGACGGUCCACACGAGAACGGUGACGCACAAUGCGCGUAUCUCAGUCUCCUACGAGACCGGCAGUAAUUCCGGCUCCGGUGCUACGUCCGGCGCCUUCGGUGUGACAGGAAGUAGCCAAGUUACGGAGGAAGUCGUCAAUGGCACGUGGCGCUUGCACAUUCGUCAGCUGAAGGAGUCCGACAGGGAUUGCUACAUGUGCCAGAUCAACACCAGUCCAAUGAAAUCCGAGUUGGGUUGCGUCGACAUACUUGUUCCACCGGACAUAGUAUACGGAGGUGAGACCACCGCGGAUCUAGCAGUUUCGGAGGGUGACAACGCGACCUUGAGCUGCAGAGCAACCGGUCGACCAACUCCGAGAGUGUCAUGGCGACGAGAGAAGAACGAGCCCAUUUUCAUAAGGGCCUCUUCUACCGUCGCACCCACCGUGACGGUACCCAAUCAGCUAUUAGGCGCACCUUUGGGCACCGAGGUAACAUUGAAGUGUUACGUCGAGGCUUUCCCAAAUACGAUUAAUUAUUGGGUGAAAAAUCAUCGUGGGACGAACGACGAGAUGCUGCUAGAGGGACCGAAGUACAGCGUUCGCGAGGAACGAUCGGGCUAUAAAGUCCUAAUGGAGUUGGCGAUCAAAGGAUUCACGGAACAGGAUGUGGGGAGCUACAAAUGCAUCUCUACUAACAGUCUUGGCCGGGCCGAUGGUACCUUAAGAUUGUAUGAGAUCAAAAUCGGCUUUGACAGAACGUCUCGUGGGAAGGACCACGUGUCUAUCAUAGGCGGUUUAGCAGAAGCCGCUCAAAGUUCCGGGGCGAGCAAUGCCGGUGGAAGGGCUCCAGGAUACACUAACAGCUUGUCGCAUAUUCUUUCGAUGUUUCUCUUCAUACCAGUACUCUGGCCACGGUGAAGAAGGCAUCCCUUCUUGUUCACUGCAAAGUUGCUGAGUACCGGAUGAUUGUGUGCCAAAAAGAGGUUUCUCCAAAGGGCGAAAAAUACGCGAAAUUGUCGUUCGAGCACAAGGAGUGUGCGUGCGUGCGUGCGUGCGUGCGUGCGUGCGUGCGUGCGUGCG